AUGGCUCCAAUCACGAAGAAAAACCAAAAAGUCGCCAAGAAGUUCACCGUCGACUGCUCUGGCCCAACCGAGAACGGUGUCUUUGACCCAGCCUCGUACGUCAAGUACCUUGUCGAGCACAUCAAGGUCGAUGGACACCUUGGAAACCUCGGUAACGACAUCACCGUGUCGCAGGAGGGUGCCGCCAAGGUGGUGGUUGUGUCCACCACCAAGUUCUCUGGAAAGUACCUCAAGUACCUGUCCAAGAGAUACCUCAAGAAGAACCAGAUCAGAGACUGGAUCAGAUUUGUGUCUGUCAAGAAGAACGAGUACCAGCUGCAAUUCUACAGCGUUGCUGUCGAUGACGAGGAGGACGAGGAGUAG